GUUGUGGGUUUGUUGUGGUUUUGAGAAGUUAUGGUGGUCGUUGUGGUGAUCAGUUGUGGUGUGUGGUGAUUGUGGUUUUGAUUGAGUGGUAUUUUGGGUUUGACUUUGGUGGUGCAGUGGUGGUGGUAGUGAUUAAGGACAUGUGGUGGUGCAAUUGUGAUUUGCCAUAUGUGAUGGUGUUGGCGAACUUCUCGAUGGUGAUGUCGUCAUGUGCAGUGCAUCCUCAAGGCUUGAUGCUUUUGAUUAGAAUGCUUCGAAUUGCACUUCAAGUUGAGUUUCUGGUUGUGGUGGUGGUUGAGCAGCAGAAUGCUGGUGGAAAAGGGAGGAGUAGGGCUUCAAUUGAAAGACCAUUAUUUUCAAUUUUACCUAGAGAUGAGCCUGCCAACAUGCUUCAUAUAAUAGAGGCAGAAGUCUCAUCCAACAGCCUUGUACAGAGGAGAGAAGAAGCCCAGAGAAUUAUGAAGGAGGCACUUGGAACCUUAGAUGGACACUAG